UGUAAUAAAUGUUAUAAGUGCUCCAUAAUAUCUGAAACAUUCACUAUCGUGCACCUUGUAAAUGUAAUAGUCUUAUGCGAAUGAACUAUGGGGCCGCACAAGCCAACAUAGAAUGCUUGAUUUGUAGCUGUACUGUCGCCUAAACUAUGGCUGCGAACAGCGAUCCUGACGGUCAAACCACCGCUUACCUUGUACCUCCCGCCAUCUCUGAAGAUAUCGACUCAGACAACGACUACCAACGAUAUUCGUUGACGAUUGCCGGCAGUGCAGGAGCAACCAAGAGUGCACUCAGUCGGAAACGAUCGUGCAAACGACCUGCGCCUCCUCCACCUUCUACCACUUCUACGUCCACGCUGCCAUCUUUAUCUUCUACUACUUCUACCUCCACGCUUUUCUCUACAUCUUCCACUACUUCACUACCACGCACUCUUUCGCCAUCGUUGCUCCCUACGAUGAACACUUCAGCUCAAUCUAUUCCUGUUCACCAGUUGCCUGGGUCAGAAGGGUCAGUGGACGCGGUCAUUGGAACACAAGCAAGCGAGUUGCACGCUCCCCCCGAGGUGCCCGUGAGGUCUCAGGCGUCUGUACAGGCCACCAAGAAGCUCAUUACAGCGCCGGGUGCUGGAGGCCAGCCCUCUGUUGUGCUGGCCCAAGAGAUGCUGCAUUCCGAAGAGUCAUCUGAUUAUGAGUACAUGGAGAACGUGCCCUCCAUGUAUCCGUACGGUCAUUACCCUGGGUACCCUCAGGGUACACCAUAUCCAUCCUCCCCAUAUGGUACGGUGUUUUACCCGCCCCCUGGUUGGGGAGGUUACAAAGGCCUCCUGCACUCGUCUUCUGAAGGCUCCGUAAUUGCCUCUCGUCGUCGAGCUAUCACCACAGGAGGACCUCUGGUUCCUGUGCUCGAGGAACCCUACCACAAUAAUGGAGGUGGCUACCCCUCACUUUCUACCUCCCCACCCGCUGCUGCUCCGUCGGGCUCAAGUCAACGUCGUCACGUUGCUAUCUCAGGACCUCUUGUGCCUGUCAGAGAUAACUCUUACUAUGGCGCCCCUGGUUCGCCUCCCACUUCUCCGUCAGGUGCAAAUCACCGUCGUCGUCCGACUGCGAGGUCCUUAGUGCCAGUGCAAGAGAACCCCUACUAUCGUGCCCUUGGUUCACCACCAACUUCUCCGUCAUCUCGAGGCUACAGUGGGCGACGUCUGGAACGCAGUGACUCUCUCAUCACGGUGGCACAUCUUAACGAAGAUCUAUACGUCAUCUCGCCAUUCUUGCGGUUAACGCUUACCAACAUGACCUGCGUGGUGGUCGUGGCUGCUCUCGCGCUACCCAAUUUCGCCACGUUGUUCUACACCGUCUUCAGACUGGUGUUCGGCACGCUGUUCCCAGCCUACUACUCCUACAAGGCAGUCAAAACCAAGAAUGUUAAGGAAUAUGUGAAAUGGAUGAUGUACUGGAUCGUGUUCGCGUUCUUCACCUGCUUCGAGACCAUCACAGAUCUCUUCCUGGCAUUCUGGUUCCCUUUCUACUAUGAGCUGAAGAUUGUGCUGGUGCUGUGGCUGUUGUCACCCGCGACCCGCGGGUCGUCGGUGUUAUACCGGCGGUUCGUUCACCCGUGGCUCACCCAGCGGGAGGAUGAGAUCGACGAGUGCAUCGCGCGGGCCAAGGAGCAAGGAUACUCGACCGUCCUGCAACUAGGAACUAAAGGCGUCAACUAUGCCACUAGUGUCAUCAUGCAGACUGCCAUCAAGGGCGGGGGCGGGCUGGUGAACCAGCUGAAGAGGAGCUACAGUGUGGGGGAGCUGGGGGCGCCUGAGGACCACCUCGACGCUGGGGACCUCAACAGCAACACUAAAGCCCCCAGCCUGAUGGGGGAGUACGAUCCCCAUCCCCGACACACAGGGGCAGGGUCUACCAGACCGCUCCAAGGGUCUCUGGGAGACACCAUUGCAGACCCCACGGAGGGGAUUGAGGGGUCUGCCCCACGGGCCCGUGUCGGGCCUGUGCCGCUGUUUUACGAAGAGCAACAAGAAAUGGAUGUUGAAACCCCCGUGACCCGCGGGGAGAGCACCCGUGGGCGGAGAGUGGCCCGCGGGGAGGAUGAAAAAAUAGACGAUGAACCUCUCAUGGCCCGCGGAGACGGGACCGGUGGGCGGGGACUGGCCCGAGGACGAGGUGUCACCACGCGCAGCAUGGCAUCGCAGGAGCCCUCGCACACCAAACUCUUCUUCUAAUGUCGGCAAAUUCCUCCUUUAAUGUAUCUCAGAAAACGAAAAAUUGUCUUUUAAUCUUUUCCAUUUGAGCUAUAACACAAUCCCCUUAAAAUUUCUCUUUAGAAUUUAUAACAAAAUUAAUCACUGAAAUUCUCCCCUUACAUAUUCCUCGAGAAAUUGUCUUCUAAUCGUUUCCACACAAUCCCUUAAAAAUUAUCUUUAGAAUUUCUUAUAAAAUUAAUCUCGAAAAUCCUCCCUUACAUAUUCCUUGCUGAAUUAAUCCGAAUAAAACAUUCGUAUAACUUACAAAUAACUUGGCAUACAUUUGCUUUUAAUUAACCACGACAUUCCCACUCUUAGGUUUGGUUUAUCAUCCUCAAAUUUCGGUCCCAUUAAACUUUUUUUUUUCAGUAAGAAUCGGAAUAAGUACGCCUGCACUUUAUUCCGUUUAAUAAAUGACAUUAAGUUUUAAUUUGUGAGCUAACAGUUUCGAAUUAUUGCUGAUGGUGAGGCUGAUAUUGCUGGUGAAACUCAUGCUGAUGAUGGUGAUGCUGGUGAUCUAGAAAGGUGGUUGUGACACACAAACUGUGAUGGUAUCUGCUCAACGCUGCUGCUAUUGGUGCUGCUGAUGUUUUUGGUGUUGUUGCAAGACUGUCUGCUAUUGUUGCAAGACUUGCUGCUUUUGUUGCAAGAUUUGCUGCUGUUGUAGCAGGCCCUGAUAUUAAUGGUGCAUUGCUGCUGUUACAGCUAACGCCCUUGAAUAUACCUAUUGCUGUUGUUGUCGCGGCCGGCAGGGCUCUGUGGUUCUUGUCAAAAUGCUGCGUAGGUAUUGGCUAAUAAUUAAAAUGCAUUUUGCUUUAACAUAAGCUCUAUUGUAGCAUCAGGUCUAUAUAGCAAUAUAAGGUCUAUAGCAAUGUAAGGUCUAAACCAAUAUAAGGUCUAUGGCAAUGUGAGGUCUAUAUUAAAACAAGGUCUUUAGAAGUAAUCAAUAACUCUUUAAGUGUAGUGCGUCAUUUGUAAGGAAGUAUCGAGCAGCUCGUACAGUAUUUUUUAAGUCUUAAGUCAUUGGUAAAGAUGCGCCUGAAGAAUUUCUUAAUGAUUCUCCUUGUUCUGUUGAAUCUCUGAAUUGCCUAACGCUUCGACCUCACGCAGCUGUUGCGUCAUGAGUCUACAUUGAUAAUUGGUCAAUUGGUUAAGGGUCUACAUUGAUCCUCUGGUCUAUUUUAUGGCUAUGUUUCGACAUGAGUGUUUUAGUCACGUUUGAUUUUAGAUGCUAGUUAAUGCUAGAGAUGCUAGUUAUCGCUAGAAGCGAUCGCGCUGUAUAUAUAUUUUCAGCCUACUCAAUAUAAUACCACCUGCAUAUGUUCUACGCAUUUGUAGUACGAAUUUUCUAGUUUCUUUUAUCGAGGUGCAUUUAUCACGUCCUUCUUAGGUAGGAGGUUAUUUUUAUAAGCAUUCUAUUUUAAUUUGCAUGUAUUUCACCCUUUCUUUUGAUGUUGCCGCAUUUAUCUAUUUCAAUUUCCAAGCCUUUUAAUCCACUUAUUUCCCUGCCUGUUCUAAGAUGAAGCUAGUUAACUUUUUUUCUAAUGAGAACAAUUCUGUUUAGUGCUCAGGUUAGUUUAGUGUUUCUUCAGCGAUUGAAACAGAUUGUAAUUCAUAUCCAUAGCCUGAUUUUGAUCAAAAUAGAGUUAAGUGAAUCUGAAUAGAUUUAGGAAUGAUGGUAGAAGAAGUGUAGACAUUGUUUGCUAUAGAUAGCGUGUGAACUGAGUUACAGUAUCUGUAAAUACUCAUGCUUUUCAUAAUUUUAUUAUACA